AUGCGCUCCCGGAGGCUCGUCGGCACCGGCCGUCUGAUCGCUCUGCUCACCGCAGCCUUCCUGACGCAGGGAUCCGCUUACUUCGGACUGACUGCCAAGGAGCCUCUGGCUGUGUUGUCCGCCCCGAUCCUGCACGACUCUGACCCGGGGAGUAUUUACCUGAAACAGUGCGAGACGUUGAAGCUGUACCGCAGACAGAAGCGGCUGUGCCGGAGAGAGCCCGGGUUAGCGGAGGGACUGCGGGAUGCCAUCCGCCUGAGCGCCAUCGAGUGUCAGUACCAGUUCAGGACAGAGCGCUGGAACUGCAGCCUCGAGGGCAGGAGCAGUCUUCUCAAGCGGGGCUUUAAGGAGACGGCUUUCCUCUUCGCCAUCUCCUCCGCUGGCCUGACCCACUCGCUGGCCAGGGCCUGCAGCUCGGGCCGUAUGGAACGCUGCACAUGCGAUGAGUCUCCAGACCUGCAGAACAGAGAGGCCUGGCAAUGGGGCGGCUGCGGGGACAACCUCAAGUACAGCAUCAAGUUCCUCAAACACUUCCUGGGCCAGAGGAAGGCCAGCAAAGACCUGCGGGCAAGGGUGGACAUGCACAACACCAACGUGGGCAUCAAGGCUGUCAAGGCUGGCUUGAAGACCACAUGUAAAUGUCACGGGGUGUCUGGCUCAUGCGCAGUGAGAACCUGCUGGAAGCAGCUCUCCUCGUUUCACGAGACGGGCCACCUCCUCAAGCUGAAAUAUGAAGCUGCUGUCAAAGUGCACAGCGUCACCAACGAUGCCACGGGGGAAACCGAGCUCAUCAGCCCCAAGAGGCACAGUUACACCUUAAAGAACCACGUGCCAAGGACUACAGACCUGGUGUACAUAGAGGACUCGCCCAGCUUCUGCCGACCAAGUAAAUAUUCUCCUGGAACAGCAGGAAGGACCUGCUCGAAGGAGACAAACUGUGAAAGCAUGUGCUGUGGCCAGGGCUACAACACACAGAGCCUCCUGGUAACCAAAGCCUGUCACUGCCAGGUUCAGUGGUGUUGUUAUGUGGAGUGUCAGCAAUGCUCUCAAAGGGAAGAGAUCUAUACCUGCAAACACUGAGCAGCUGGGGGGAGGGAGGGAGAGAGUGAGGCCAAGAAGGAAGGACGGUAGAUAGACAGAACGAGAGGAAGAAAGCUGCAAACAUCUUUGCUUUGUGUAUUCCCACAACAAGUGGCUGCAGUGCAUUGUAGAAUUCCAGAGGGGAAAUGCAUUGGAAUUCAGGAUUCAGCUUCUGGACUCUCCAGUGAAGACAUGAUUGACAUGAACACAAAAGGCUGGUUAUCGAUUGAGAAUUGCUUCAGCUUGGCGAAUCCAGGUCCAUCCACACUGCUCUACAGAAGUUCCCGUGGGAAAUUGACCGGGUAGACUGAGAGAACUUGGUGCACCAACCCCAGGGCAGGUUUGGAUCAGGAAGCCAUUACUGCAGUCAGACCCAAGGCUCACAUUGACGCUACAGACCACAAGAACUUGCAUUUAUCUAGCGCCCCUCAUGUAGGGUAGCGUUCAGAGCG